UUCGAGAUCUUGGGCUACUGGGCCUUUGGCAGGGUCUUCUGCAAUAUCUGGGCGGCAGUGGACGUCCUGUGCUGCACUGCGUCCAUCAUGGGCCUCUGCAUCAUCUCCAUUGACCGCUACAUCGGCGUGAGCUACCCGCUGCGCUACCCGACCAUCGUCACCCAGAGGAGGGGCGUCAGGGCUCUGCUCUGCGUCUGGGCGCUUUCCCUGGUCAUCUCCAUCGGGCCCCUGUUUGGCUGGAGGCAGCCGGCCCCCGACGAUGAGACCAUCUGCCAGAUCAACGAGGAGCCCGGCUACGUGCUCUUCUCGGCGCUGGGUUCCUUCUACGUGCCGCUGGCCAUCAUCCUGGUCAUGUACUGCCGGGUCUACGUGGUGGCCAAGAGGGAGAGCAGGGGCCUCAAGUCCGGCCUCAAGACCGACAAGUCCGACUCGGAGCAAGUGACGCUUCGCAUACACCGGAAAAAUGUCGCGGCAGGAGGCGGCGGAAUGAGCAGCGCCAAGAACAAGACGCACUUUUCGGUGAGGCUCCUCAAGUUUUCCCGGGAGAAGAAAGCGGCCAAAACGCUGGGCAUCGUGGUCGGCUGCUUCGUGCUCUGCUGGCUGCCCUUCUUCCUGGUGAUGCCYAUCGGUAAGUGUUCAGGACGCCUGGGCGUGGGGUUCAGUGGCCUUCACCCUCUUCCUCUUCUGUGACCCAAGAUCACAGUCCCUAGUGGAAGAGGGGUCUGCGUCUCUCUCUGUCAGCCAGGGCAUUGGGGAAGGCUUUCUGGUAGAAGCUGAACGUUCAUUCUCUUUCUACUCCAAUCUCCUUUACACUGGGUCCCAGGGCACUUUUCAACUACUGUAAAGUGGCUUCCAACCGGUGCAGAUUAAUUGGUCUCCAUAAUAAGAAUGUCAACUUCCUUAAUGCCUUUAAGUAUGUGUUUAAUUUAAAUCUGUCCGCCCUCUUUGGUGUCUCGGAGUCUCCGAGGAGUACUUAGGCUGACUGUCAAGACAGGGAGUGCAAAUUCUCUUGGCCUGAAAAUAAGCACCAUGCUUAUUUUAGACAAAUGUGCCAUUGUAUUAUUGCAUUAGAUUGUUCCUAGGGGUUAUAAUGGUCUGCUUAUUAUGUUGUA